UUUUAAUAACUUUUUUGCUUUGUCUAACAUAUUUUAAUAGAGAUGGAAUGUGUAAACACUUUGCUUAAGAUACAAAUUAUUAUUUUAAUUAUAUUGUAUUUAUUGCUUAAUGUUGUUUUCAUUGGUUAAGGUACUUAUGAAGAAGCAAUGGACAAAUUAGUGCUUGCAGAAGAUACAUCAAAUAUUGAUAUGUCUCCUGAUAAAUUACACAAACAAAAUAAAAUAAGAAGACGAAUGAAAGCAAAAAAGAAAUAUUUAUCGCACUCAUCUUCUUCAGACAAGAAUGAAGACGAUUGUGUGAGAUCAAAUAAAAGCCUGCCUGACAUUCCACAAAUAGGAAAUUUUGUAUCAUCAAAUAAACAGCAUAUUAAUAAAUCACGCAAUUCUAUAAGUAAAAAUAAUACAAUAAGCAGUGAUGAUAUUGACAUUCCAGUUCUUAAAAAUAACAUAGAAAGAAAUUUUGCAGAAAAGCCUAAUGAAGAUGUUGAUAAAGAAAAUUAUACGUGUGAAUUUAAGAAAAUAGUUCUAGCAAAAAUGAAUAAAGUUAUAUUUCAACUUUAUACUCUUGAAAAUAAAAUGAACAUACUCGAGGAAAAAAUACAACCAACCAAUACUUCCAAUGAAGAAAAUGAUAUUCAGUUACCUAUAACUACAUUCGAAGAAUUAAUAUAUUUUGAAGAACAGUUGCAUGAAAUACAAUUCAAGAACGAACUGCUUAAUGUAUUUGAACGCGUAGGUGGACCUAGUGCGCAUAUAAUGAUACGCAAUAUAAUGAAAAAAACUAUAACAAAUACUUUUGCCCAAAAUUUUAGUUGGGCAGGAAAAAAAACAAAGAAAAGUUUCAAGACUUAGAAGCUGUUCGCAAAACUUUCAAACAGGCGACAGAUAAUGACAUUGCAAUGUCUGUAUCAAAAUGGCUUGCCCAAGCCACUUUAAUAGUUCAAAGAACCAAGUAAAGUCAAUUAAAGUAAUAAAUUUAUUACAUAAGCUAAAGAGCACAGUUGCUAAUCGGAGGAUAAACAGGGAGGAAGAAGUACAAUUGUGAUUUAUUUUGCAUCGAUGUUGGCAAAACGCGACGACAACGAUUUAGUCCGGUGUUCCUAAAUUGUUGGUUGGCAAAGCAUUCUUUGAAAAACAUGUUCAAUGACCUAUACCAAGGAAUGCAGAAGUCCCAAUCGGCAUUAAGUCAACAGUUGAUGCUUUAUAGUGCUACGUUUUGUGCCUUGUCUUUACUAGCAUAUACGGGAUCCAGCACUUCCAGAGAGCGGAGUACAGACAUUUGAACCUAUUUCAAAGUACAUACUACGUUGUAGUGACGUUCUUUACGGUACGCUACGGAAAUUUUGUGCUGGA